UCAAUGAUGACAGCUCUGUUUUGACUUUUUGAGUUGACAUAACCGCAAAUAGGAUAAGAUAAAUAAAUAAAAAUCAGAAGAGAUUUUUAAAUGACUAUGAAUUAAUAGUAUGAAUACUUUCUGAUAUUAGGUAUAAAAUUGAAUAUAACAAUAUAUAUGACAUUUAUGUUUAUGAAGAUAACUCGAAAUUAAAAUGGACAGAAGUAAGCCCAUACCAGGGACUAGAGGUCCCAAAGCAAAAAUGACUCAACAACCACCAGAUAUGUUUAUUGCUUUGGGAGCUAAACAAUCUUCUUCAUCAAGGGAUGAUUCCAAAAGACCCACUACUUUGUCGAAACCUUCCACAUCUCAUAUGCCAUCAACUUCUAGUAAGUCAGGUGAGAAAUUAAAACGAGAAGCAUCUUCUUUGAGUUUAUCGAAUGUUCCCGUAAAGAAAAUGAAGGUUAGUUUACCAGGAGCUAGAUCAGCUGCUGUUCCUACUCUUCAUUCAAAUGAACGAACUCAAGUUGGAGCUGAGCCAUGGGAAACUCUCGCAUUAGAAUGUGAAGCAUCAGAUCUUUUUGAAAAUAUAAUGAAUAACAUUAACAUUGGAAACAGUGAUAAAGCUGUUGGAUAUAUCUUGGGCGCAAUUAGGACUAUUAAAAAUCAACGAUUCAAAUUGUGUAAAAUCACCUAUAGCAGCUUAUUACUUACAUGUGGCUGUAAACCAGCAACUUUUACAAAUGAAAAUAUUUUAGCUGCUAUCAUAAGUGUAAUCAGAAGAGAUGUGAAUGGAGGAUUUAAAACUUCCAAACAAAGUAACUCCUAUAUUCACAUUUUACUUAUCAAUUUGUUGACACAUGCUUAUUCCGAUAUAGGAUCCUGGCCCGAAGUUUUUGUUAAGAUUUUUGUAGAAGAUGCCUUAGGAGACAGAAUAUGGAUUGACAACCCAUACUGUAAACCAUUUGUUGAUAAUAUCAUAACUGCUUUUAAUACAAAGUUGCCCCCAAAAUCACUUUUUCUUUGUGAAAACUGGAACUCGGUAGUUCGGGAUACUUCAAGUCCUCUUACAAUAAAUAGUAUUGAUGAUGAAGAAGCAUUUGGUGAACACAAAGGUAUAGUAGAUGGGUGGAAUACAAAGAUUUAUCCCAGAUAUAAUCAGAAUCAGGAUGGUGUUGAACAAUUUGUUUUGGAAGCUUUGAAGGAACAACUCAAUAGAAGACAGCAGCCAGAAACAAUAAGUAAAAAUUUCAUCAGGUUUUUAAGCAUUGCUUGCGGUCUUGUUGAGAUAAGGGUAAUAGCCGUUUCAAGAAUUGAAACAUGGUUACAUAAUCACAAGCACAUGAAAUCCGCUCAAGAACUUCUAGCCUAUUUGUGCUAUAAUUGUUCAGCAAGUACUCCACGGGACAUGGAGGUCAUCUCGCAACUAAGUAAACUUCGUCUGAAAAGUAAGCCUAUGCUUAUUUUCUUCAACAACUGCUUGAAAGAAAUGGUUUAUUCAUCACCAACAAAUCUUUAUCCUCUAAUGAAGUACACAGUCUACAAUGAACUAUCAAACACAAGAAAUAACAACAAUCUUGUUGUUGUUGGUGGAUUAUUUCAAGUUGCUCCAGAGGCAAGUGCCGAUGCAUUUGCCGAUAUUUGCCUCGAAUUAUUGCUGAAUAAGGAUGACUACUUACGAUCUGUAAGAGCUUUGUUGAAAGAAAUAAAUAGAGUUUCAAGACAUGAAUUGAAUCUUUAUAAUGUUGUUCACUCCUUACUGAAAGAGAGGAGAGAUUUUACAGCAAAUGUCAAAGACUCUGAAGUGAGAGAUCGGGUAUUCCUGGCAGUCGGUGAUUUGGCCACAAUGUGCAUGCUUUUAUGUGUGAAUCCUACUGUGCGUGAUGCUGUGAGUCAAGCUAAAAGAGAUACAAACGUAUUAAAAGCUUUUCAAGCGCAAGUUAGCCAAAUUCAGAAAGAAGCAGUAACUUGGUUACAAGAGUCCGCUAUGAGAAUCUUCAGACCAAGUGCUAGUGAUUACCAUCAUGUGUUGUUAAAAGUGUUAUUUUUGGAACAAGCCGAACAUUACUGCAAAGUGGAUUCUUGGCCUGGUGAAAAUGAGCGCAAUUUAUUCUUGAGGCUAGCAAGCGAAGUAAGACUCCUUGAGGGCACAGUAGUAAGAAUACUAUUGAUUGGAAUGUCGAAAGAAAACGUAGUACAUCCAAAUGAAGCAUUAGAUAUAAUCGAGCAAUUAAUCAAAAGAGCCGCCAAUCUUCCAACGGAUCUGGAUCCACCUUUGAGUAUAAACAAUUUGGACAUAUUUGAAAUGUUCUUCAAUCUUUGCAAUUAUGUCUAUCCAGAAAACAUUGUUUUUCCUCCUGGAUAUGUUCCUCCAACUUUGGCACUUAGUGUGUCCUAUUGGAAAGUUUGGUUGAUUCUCUUAAUUUUGGCUGCACAUAAUCCUACAACAGUUGGUAAUAUUGCAUGGACAAAAUAUCCAACUCUUAGAAUGUUAAUGGAAAUGUGCAUCACAAAUUAUUUCUCAUUUCCACCACCUACAAUGGUGUUAUCAGAGGAAGAUUUUCAAAAUAGAGAACAACAAAUUAUAACACUGGAGAGGCAGAAAAUUAUUGAAUUUGAAACACAUUUUGCCGCAGGCUGUAACAAAGCCGAAAUUACAGAGCAAAAUAGUUUCUUGCUGCAUCAGUGUAUGGAACUGAAGCCAGAGGGUGAAGUAAGGAGGCCUACACCUCAGAUAUUGGAGCAAUUGCAAAAUCUAAAUAAUAGCCAUCGAUUGGGACAUCUACUUUGUAGAUCAAGAAAUCCAGACUUUUUAUUGGAUAUUAUGUCAAGACAAGGAGGUACUGCGCAUAUGCCAUGGUUGGCAGAAUUAGUGCACAGUUCUGAAGGUGCAAUGGCUCAUCUUCCAGUGCAGUGUCUCUGUGAAUAUCUUCUUUCCACUGCACCUGCUGAAAAAUUAACCAAACAAGGACAGUUAUUGAGUCAUUUGAGGACGGUAGUUAAUAGCAAUGAUCCUCAAAUGGCAUGUGAGGUUUUAGAAUAUCUUUUCAGGCGAUUAACUUCAGAUCAUGGAGCUAGUAGAACUCAAGCCACUAAAGGUUUGAUUCUAAUACUUUCUCCUACUGAAGACACAGAAGUGAACACCAACAAUACUACAUGGCUCACCCACUACAUCUAUCAGUUUCCACACUUUCUUAUCAUAAAACCUGUACUAAUUCAAUUUUUACGUCAAGCAUUGCAAUGUGAAACCAAUCCAGCACGUGUUUCCAGUUAUAUAAAUUUCUUAUCAACACAAGAUUGUAUUGAACCAUUCUCAGAACUCAGCGACUUGGUAGCAGACUUAUCUUCAGUCAUAAUAGAAAGACACAGUGUAGCAUCUUAUGUGUUAUCCGGUGAUAACAAUCCUACAUUAAAAAAUUUGAUUUCAAUAUUUUAUCUUCAUAUUAGAAAAUCUUUAGAGUAUGGAGAAGAGACAAUUAAUGCUCUACAAAAUUUUACAACCAGCGAGUAUGUACUAGUAACUUGGCCAACUGGAGAACAGAGUGUUAUGCUCAUUCUAGUUAUUCAUGCAGCUAUCGUACUCUUAACUUAUGGUCCUAUUGAAGACUUUGAACCUUUUAAUUUACUGCUCAAUAUGUGGUUUCCAAAAGAUUCUGAACAUCCUAGAGCUUAUCACGUUGAAACAACAGAGGAAACUUCUUAUUUGCCAGACUGGAUUAAAUUGAGAAUGAUACGUUCCAAUGUUUCCCAUCUAGUCGAUGCAGCCAUAGAAAAACUAGAGCCACAAAAACUAAUAUUAUUUAUCCAAUCCUUUGGUAUACCAACGAAUUCUAUGAGCAAACUGUUGUGCACUUUGGAUAAAACUACAUUACAAAAUCCAAAAUUGGUAGUGGAUUCUGUCUUAGAUAAGACAUAUAUGAUUCAACUUGUUGAAGUUCAGAAUAAGAGAGGUGCAGUUGGUGGAGACACAUUUGUUAAGGCCAUAGAGAUGCAAUUGCCCCCUGUUCAGGAUGUAGAUGUGAAUUUAAAUCUAGAGACUAAGAAACCUCUACCUCUGGUUGCUAAGAAAACCUCUAAACAAUUGAAUGAAAAAGAAGUUGUCAAUUUAUGUAAGAAUCUCUUUGACCCAAGAUAUCUCGGUGAUAAAGAUAAAAUUGUCUCACAAAUAGUGAAGGCUACUGCUGAAAGUAUACCGUUGUCAAAUAUUUGUUUCAAUUACUUGAAAUCUUUAGCAGAUCAAUUUAUAAUAACCACAGUAACUGAUUUCACAUCGGUUUCUUUAUUUUUCAAAAUUUUAUUGAAGAAUAAUUUGAAUCAGCCAGGUAUUGCAGAAUUUGCUUCAACCCUUUUGAAAUCGAUUCCCAAAAAAAAUUCUUCAAUUGCUGCUGUACUCACGGAAUUUCUGAAAAAGUCCUUGCAUAUUGAAGUUGAGGAGGAAGAUGCUGUGACAAUGCCUCAAAAGCAUUCCAUUGAGCAAUUCUUCAAAGAUUUUGAUAAAAAAGAGGAUUUUCCAGAAAAUAUAUUACAUUCAUUGUUUUCUGCUUUGGAAAAUGGCAGCAAUACUGGAGAAAAUGAAAUACUGGAUAAUAAAGAAUUACAGAAGAUAAUAUUCAGGAGGAAAAAUGUUUCCUGCCGGCCAUUCUUCAUGUCUCUUGCUCUUCAGAAAGAUAGCUGGCAAAAUUUGCAUAAUCUGAUGCAAUACAUAUUUGAACAAGAUGUCUCAAACAUAUGUCCUGUAUCUGCUCUAGACUAUCUGACUGCUCUCAGUCAAAGCCCAAAAUUGUGGCAGGGUAGAGACAAAGCUUUUUCCAAGCAUGACCAAUUUGAUGAUGUUCUAAAGUUAGAUUUUAAUCAGCUCACACUUGUUGUGCAAUUUAUUUUGGAGGAAGCGAAGUUACAAAAGGAGAACUGGAAAACUAAAAUGGAGUUCAGGCUCCAACUUUUGUUAAAGUGCAUCGGAACGCAUGCUCCUCAAAUUGUUAAGUCGCUCCUAGAAUCUUCUGAUGAACGUUCCCAGGAACUGAUGUUAUUGAUUUAUAUGUCCCUUCCUGCUGCUGGUCAAGGACUGGUGAAUGAGAAAUUAAAUUUAUCAAAAGAAGCAUAUUCAAAGAAUUGCCCAAGUGCUGUUGAUCAACUUUCUCAUACGUUGUUGAGUGCCUUAACUGCAACACCACGCGUGAAAGAUUGGAAUAGAAAGAGUGCCGAUCUUAAUGUAUGUGCUAGAAAGCUAGCUUCUACACAUCCAAUAUUAAUACUCAGGCAGCUGCCAAUGUUAGCAGGUAGUUUAAAAGGAAGAGCCCAAUAUGAUUGGAAUGUCAUGAAAAAUAGAGGACACUUGAACCUUUUCCGUCAAAUAUUUGGAUUAAUGGAAUUACUUCAGCCCAUGAUAUUUGAACAAACUAAAGCUUUAGGAGAUCUUCUUGAUUCCUAUUUUCUUCUUUUACAAUAUCACGGGCAUUCCAAAGAUUUAUACGGUCUAGUACAGCGUUUGGUGAUUUUUAUUCAAAAUUGGAUGCAGAAAGAUAUAAAAUUAGCAUCCAAAUAUCUUCAAGAUAAAGGAUCAAUUAUAAAUGAAAUUCAAUUUUACCAACCAGCUAUCAGACCACUCCUAUCAAAUAUUUCUCUUCCAACUGGAGAACAAAACACUUCAAGUGAAAUUUUAGUAGGUACUGUGACACCCAGGGUAUCGGAGCCUCUUCCACAAAAUUGGUGCGUUCUUUUAGCAGCAUUACAGGAUACUGAAAAUAUUUCUGCUUUAUAUGAACUGGAACAUCUUACUGCAAAACGUCCUGAACUGCUCAAACAUACUUUGCAUAUUCUUUACAACUGCGUUAAAUCGUCAAAUGGAGCUAUUAGAUCCAUAGCAAUUAAUUUAAUUCUUAAAUGGUUAAAGUUCAAUCCUAAGGCAUCUGAAGAAGCCCUCUCUUUUAUUCUUACAAGUUUGGACAGUGAUAAUGGAGAUAUUAUUAUCAGUAUUUUGGAAAGAUUACCAGAAAUUGUGUGUGUAAUGCAAGAAUAUGCAAAGAUUAUUUUGACCAGAGUUUUCAAACUUGGAAUGAAAUCUACAAUAAAUACAUCAGUUGUAAUACAAGAUAGUAUCAACAUGUUAUGUUUGCAAUCUGGAUGUUAAAUUUUGAAAAACUAUGUAUAAUAAGAAUAAAUUAUAACUUACCAUAUCAUUCUUUAGAAAAUGUUACAUAAUUAUGUUGAUUGUUUUUAUUUUAUUUUGUAUUCCAACAGUCCAUCUAUAUAAAUUUUAAAAUAGAAGCCCUAAAUUUACUCAACAA